AUGCCUUCAAGAAAACCGAGUAAAUACGGGUCCAAGUUCCGAUCGAGUGCCGCAUCAUUCAACCCGAAGCGAACCAAGACAGUCGAGUUCUCUUCCCUCCGAUCCACCGAAGCAACAUCCCAAGAUGAGAAGUUCGAGUCGAUCCGGUUGGCUAACAGCAUCGACGAAGCGCUGGGCUUCCCCCGCUUCGAAUCUGGCGAGAAGAGAGCUGGAUGGCUUAUUAACAUGCACAGUACGACAAUAGAGGACCCGAAUAUUCCAGGAGGACGCGCUGGCGUAGAUUACUACUUUCUGGAGGACGAUGGAGGAAGCUUCAAGGCGACUGUGGAAUACGACCCUUAUUUCCUCCUCGCAGUCAAAAAGGGCCGUGAAGCAGAGGUUGAGGACUGGUGUCGAAGGACAUACGACGGUCUGGUGAAGAAGAUCAGGAGAGUAGAGAAAGAAGAUCUCCAGUUGCCGAAUCAUUUACUCGGGCUCCGCCGGACCUUUCUCCAGCUGAAUUUCGCGAAUGUCAGCCAUUUGCUGGAGGUUCGCAAGAGCCUUCUUCCACUGGCGGAGAAAAACAAGAAGAAUGUUAAUAUGAUGGAUACUUACGUGGAGAUCUCGAGCGCAAACGCCGGAUUCGAUCUCUUUGAUGACGAACUAACUAAUGAGGCACGAACUAAUGGCAAUAUGAAUGCAAGCGAUUUUAUAAUUGAUAUUCGAGAAUACGAUGUUCCUUACCAUGUUAGAGUGGCAAUUGAUAAGGAUAUACGCAUUGGAAAGUGGUAUAUGGUGGAGGCAAAACACGGCGUUAUUUCCUUGAAAUGCUUAGAAGAACGACUCCAACGUGCGGAUCCAGUUAUUCUGGCGUUUGAUAUCGAAACCACAAAGCUACCUCUCAAGUUUCCCGACUCUGUAAUCGACCAGAUCAUGAUGAUUUCGUACAUGAUCGACGGCCAGGGAUUUCUGAUUACCAAUCGAGAAAUUGUGUCAGAAGACAUCAAUGACUUUGAAUAUACACCGAAACCGGAAUAUAACGGACCCUUCAUGAUCUUUAAUGAACCGAAUGAAAGGGCCCUUCUAGAGCGCUUCUUCGAACAUAUUAAAGAGGCCAAACCAACCGUGAUUGCCACAUACAACGGUGACUUUUUCGAUUGGCCUUUCGUGGAGGCUAGGGCAAGCGUUCUGGGAAUCGACAUGUACAAGGAGAUCGGAUUCCGCAAAAACAGCGAAGAUAUCUACCAAAGUGAUCAUUGCGUACAUAUGGACUGUUUUGCUUGGGUCAAUCGUGACAGUUAUCUUCCUCAGGGAAGUCGUGGUCUAAAAGCAGUGACAGUCGCAAAGCUCGGUUACGACCCUGAUGAACUAGAUCCUGAGCUCAUGACUCCUUAUGCGAGUGAACGACCGCAAACUCUUGCCGAAUACUCCGUUUCUGAUGCCGUCGCCACAUAUUAUCUGUACAUGAAAUACGUCCAUCCCUUCAUCUUCUCUCUUUGUACAAUUAUUCCCCUAAAUCCAGACGACACGCUACGCAAGGGAACUGGAACCCUCUGUGAGAUGCUUCUGAUGGUCCAAGCAUAUAAGGGCGAAAUCGUCCUACCAAACAAGCACAAAGAUCCUCCGGAGUCCUUUUAUGAAGGACAUCUACUUGAGUCCGAGACUUACGUUGGUGGACACGUCGAAAGUAUUGAAGCUGGAGUGUUUCGAAGUGACAUUCCUGUCACUUUCAGUAUCGAUCCUACUGCAGUUGAUGAACUAAUCCGAGACUUGGAUGCGGCCCUGAAGUUUAGUAUCGAAGUUGAAGAAAAAAAGUCGAUGGAUGAUGUUGUCAAUUACGAUGAGGUCCGGAGCCAGAUUGUGAAACUUUUGACUAACUUGAAAGAAAAUUCACAACGAAACGAAGUCCCUUUCAUUUAUCACCUGGAUGUUGCCUCCAUGUACCCGAACAUCAUGAUCACCAAUCGACUUCAACCGGAUUCCAUGAUUCAGGAGUCGAACUGUGCUGCUUGCGACUUCAACCGUCCUGGAAAGGUCUGCGACAGACGCUUACCGUGGGCUUGGAGAGGAGAAUUCCUUCCUUCUAAACGCGACGAGUAUAACAUGAUCCGGCAGGCCGUCCAAAAUGAACGCUUCCCUGGGAAAACGAAGAAGAGUCCGAUGAGGGCAUUUAGUGAGAUGAGCGCAGAAGAACAGGCCGGAAUCGUUAAGAAGCGUCUCCAGGAUUACAGCAAAAAGAUUUAUCACAAGAUCCAUGACAGCAAGACCAUGGUGCGAGAAGCCAUCAUUUGUCAACGAGAAAACCCAUUCUACGUCGAUACCGUCCGUAGCUUCCGUGACCGAAGAUAUGAUUUCAAGGGCCAACAGAAGGUUUGGAAGGGAAAAACUGAGGCCCUAAAGUCUGCAGGCGCGUCAGCUGCGGAGGUUGAAGAGGCAAAGAAGAUGAUUAUCUUGUAUGACUCUCUCCAACUAGCUCACAAGGUUAUUCUGAAUAGUUUCUAUGGUUACGUCAUGAGAAAAGGCUCUCGAUGGUACUCUAUGGAAAUGGCUGGUGUCACCUGUUUAACCGGCGCCCAUAUCAUCCAGAUGGCUAGAGAACUCGUCGAACGAAUUGGGCGACCACUGGAACUUGAUACUGACGGUAUUUGGUGUAUGCUUCCGGGAACUUUCCCGGAAAAUUUCUCAUUCACUUUGAAGAACGGCAAGAAAGUCGGGAUCUCCUAUCCUUGUGUGAUGUUGAACCAUCUCGUCCACGGGAGGUAUACAAAUCACCAGUACCAAGAGCUUGUUGACCCAGCGGCUUUCAAAUAUGAGACACACAGCGAAAAUUCCAUUUUCUUCGAAGUUGAUGGCCCGUAUAGAGCGAUGAUUUUGCCGACUUCGAAGGAGGAGGACAAGAACCUGAAGAAGCGUUACGCAGUUUUUAACCACGAUGGAUCACUAGCAGAGCUGAAGGGGUUCGAAGUCAAGCGACGAGGAGAGCUGAAAUUAAUCAAAAUCUUCCAAACUCAGAUUUUCCGAUUCUUCCUUGAGGGGUCGACAUUGACAGAAACCUACGCUGCGGUUGCUAAAGUCGCGGAUAGAUGGCUGGACGUCCUUUAUGAACAUGGCUCUACACUCGCCGAUGAAGAGCUUAUCGAGCUUAUUUCUGAGAACAGAAGCAUGACGAAAACCCUCGAAGAAUACGGCAACCAAAAAUCAACAUCAAUCACGACUGCGCGACGCUUGGCGGAAUUCUUAGGAGAGCAGAUGGUCAAGGACAAGGGCCUGAACUGCAAGUACAUUAUCUCCGCGAGGCCAAGGAAUACCCCCGUCACUGAGCGGGCUAUUCCAGUGACUAUCUUCUCGGCUGAAGACAGUGUUAAACGGUUUUUCCUGCGGAAGUGGCUGAAAGAUGACCCAGGUGAUAUGGAUCCCCGAACCGUGAUCGACUGGGAUUACUAUCUAGAGCGUUUGGGAUCUGUGGUGCAGAAGCUUAUCACCAUUCCGGCUGCGCUACAGAAGAUCCGUAACCCGGUUCCCAGAGUCGCUCAUCCAGACUGGCUACAGCGAAGGAUCAAUAUAAAGGAUGACAAGUUCAAGCAGGCGAAGAUGACGGACAUGUUUGGAAAGUCUGAGAAGAAUCCAUUAUCUGCUCUAUCGACGAACAUCCUGGACCAUCGCGUGCAACAUUCGGACAAUCUGGACGACGUAAUGGCAAGCUCAAUGGAGAAGCUAAAAUCAUCGUCCCCAAACAAGACCUCACAGAAGAGAAAACAUCCUGAAGGUCUACCCAAAACAUCCUUAGAUCCUUUCGCCAGCCUUCCCGCGAACAUGCCCUCAAUAUCAGAAGAUUAUGAGGGAUUCUUGAGAUACCAGAAGCAGAAAUGGAAAAUCCAGAAACAAGCUCGAGUGCGUCGACGGCAGCUCUUUGGUGAAAGGGCAAAUACUGGUGGAGACUCUCUGAGCUAUCUCUUUAGAAAUCAAGCCGAGCUACUGUACAUUAGUACCUGGCAGGUUCUACAGCUCGCCGAAACUAGCAGACCCGGAAUUGUGCGAGCCUUUGUCCUGAUCGACCGAAAGAUUCACUCCCUUACAGUCAAGGUUCCCCGAUACAUUUACGUCAAUUUGAAGCAAGAUUCGCUCCCUGACGUUGAUGUUCCAGAAUGCGAAGUCGAAAAAGUCAAUCACACAUUACCAAAUGGACAUCCAUCCGUUCACCUGUUCAAGCUAACGCUCUCCGAAGAGACAUUCUUGCGGGAGGCUGACAAGAUUGAUGCCCUCCUGCAGCAUCCCAGUGUCGAGGGCGUUUAUGAGAAGAACCUUCCCUUGAACCUACGUGCAAUGAUGAAACUCGGAAGUAUAUGUACCUUCGACGAAGAGCAGCGGGGUGUUCUUGGGGAAGGAUUAGAUCGCGGGUUUGACCUUUCGACUUUGUGUCGUACAACUUCAGACCAGAUGUAUCUCCAAGAUUCUCCCCUUGCCUAUCAUUACCUUUAUCACGUCUCUUCCGGGGACAGGCAGAUCUUUGCCAUCUUCUCCAGCACGAAGAAUGAAGCGAAUGUCGUCAUUCUCAAUAGGGCAAGGGACGUCCAGGGUCUUCCGAAUAUUGAUAAGAUAUAUUCAGAGCUCUAUUCGCGCAAGAUGCAAGACAUGUCAGGCGAUCAGCCCCAGGGUGCAUUCCAGUAUCAGGAGAAGAUCCACUUCAGGACCACACAAAUCACGACCAGAAGGAAAGCCUAUUUAGAGGUUGGUGACCUGAUCAAAAAGCUCAGAAACGACGAGACCCAUCCCGCUGUUAUGAUCGUACAAUCGCAACAGAAAAGCCGUCUUUGCCAUGACAUCCCAAUACUAAAGGAAUACCCCGUCCUGCCCGUGAAACCAGAAGUCUCCGACAUGAACCUCCCCCCCUUAGGCUGGCAAACAUUUAUUGCUAGAAGGCUGGUCACACAUUAUCUUUAUCUCUCUUCUUGGGUCCAGCAUCUUACUUUGCUGGCUCGAUAUGGCGACGUUCCUCUCUGCAACCUCGAGAAUGACGACCCUCGGUUCCUCAUUGACAUCGCAUACGCUCGGCGGCUUCAGCAAAACAACGUGGUUCUAUGGUGGUCAUCAAACCCAAGGCCCGAUCAUGCAGGGUAUGAAAAGGAUGACAUUACUGGACCACUUGAAAGAGUUACCAUGCCAUCGGUUAAUGUCCCAAACGCAUAUACCACCGUAUGUAUUGAAUUAGAAGUCCGGAACCUGGCGAUCAACACCAUUUUGACUUCCUCGAUCAUCAACGAAACGGAAGGAGCCAAUUCGCUCUUGGCUCCAUCUGAACCAUCUGCUGAGGGUACGGGCUCCGGUGUUCUUUAUUCGGAAAAAGCCUUCGCGUCUGCCGGGGCCCUUGUGCUGCGUGAAAUGGUCAAGAGCUGGUGGUCAGAGGCCUGUCAGGGAAACAACAUGGCCGAUAUUAUGGUGCAGCAUCUGAUCCGAUGGGUAGAGAGUCCAGUGUCAUGCCUUUACGAUCGUUCACUCCACCACUAUGUACGGAUGUUGUCGAAGAAGUCAUUUCAACAGCUCAUGGCGGAGUUCAGACGAGUCGGAUCAAACGUCGUUUUCGCCAGUCCCACGCGGCUCUUACUUCAAACAACCAAAACGGAGGUAGGAAAUGCGUAUGCUUACAGUCAAUACGUUUUGAAAUCUAUCCGAGCAAAUCCGUCAUUCCACUUCAUCGAUCUCGAAAUUAAAGAGUACUGGGACUACCUGGUCUGGUACGACGAAUACAACUUUGGAGGUAAAGGAUGUCAAGAAGUUGUGGAAGCUGAAGAGCAGCCGCUUGAAACAGUCAUGCAUUGGCAACUCAGUCGUUUCCUACCGGCACCUAUGCAGAGUAUCUUCCACGAUUGGGUGGUGGAGUAUAUCGAACUGAUGCACGGUUUUAAGCGACCCGACCCCGAAAUUUCAUCUACCCCGCGAAUGACCCAAAUUCCCAUCGGACAGCCAAAUGGUGAAGACAAUGAGGAGCUUUCUGCUGUUCUUGCAGAGAAAUUCUCGAAGCCGCUCAAGAAGCAAAUAUCCGGCCUCAUACGCCGUCAGCGGGAAGAACUUCUACACCCGGAGCUUGCGUCUGACUACGCCUUCCCGGUUCUUCCUGGUGUUUUAUCAGACCCUAGCGAUGAUAAGCGCAACCCUGUGCUUGAGCUUGUCAAACUCUUGAUGCAGGUUCUGAGUCUGUCCAAAAUAACAACCCUCGAGACACGACUUUUACGCCGCGAGCUACUCGCUUUGUUUGAAGUUCGGGAAUUCAGCAAAGAAGGUCGAUUUGAGAACCCAGGUGCCAGCCUCAAACUUCCAGAGCUAACGUGCAGUGCCUGCUGCCUAAUCCGCGAUCUCGACUUGUGUCGUGAUGAGGAUGUGCUUCCGGAUCCGGGGUCUGAACCAAACACUGCUGCGUCGAAACCCUGGCGCUGCCCCUUCUGUCAAACAGAAUACGAUCGACUCGCUCAGGAAGAGAUGCUCAUCGGUCACGUGUACGGCAUGAUAGUCGGAUGGCAAACCCAAGAUCUCAAAUGUUCGAAAUGUGGAUGUCUCAAAGUUAAUGAGUUCAUGGAGCAUUGUUCGUGCAGUGGUUCCUGGACGGAGACGGUGGACAAGGCGGAUAUUAGAAAGAAGCUACGUGUGCUUGGUAGUGUUGCCAAAUUCCACGACCUUAAACUAUUAGAGAACGUGGUUGAGGACGUUCUCAGUCAAGUUUGA